AUGUUCCCUGUGGGCUUUACUGGUGCCGAUGAGCUGAGGCUGGCGGAUGGAGGCAGCCCCUGUGCCGGGAGAGUGGAGGUUAAACACCAGGAUCAGUGGGGGACGGUGUGUGAUGAUCGCUGGGACAUGGCAGAUGCUGGGGUUGUCUGUAAGCAGUUGAAAUGUGGAGCUGCUGUCAGUGCCCCUGGCCUGGCUCAUUUCGGAGAAGGAUCUGAAACAAUUUGGCUGGAUGAAGUUGCCUGUGAUGGGCACACAGGGCUCCGGCUCAUGAACGGCAGCUCAGAGUGCUCAGGGAGGGUGGAGAUCCAGGUUCGUGGUGCCUGGGGAACCCUCUGUGACUCACGCUGGGAUUUACCAGAUGCCAACGUUCUCUGUCAUCAGCUCGACUGUGGAUUCGCUGUAUCAGCCCCAGGAGAAGCGUAUUUUGGGAGGGGAACUGGCUCUGUCUGGACAGACACAUAUCACUGUAAAGGGACUGAACCCCAUUUGGGCCAUUGCCCUGUUACUGCCCUGGGGGCCUCUCAGUGCUCCCAUGAUAAUGAUGCCAGUGUGGUUUGCUCAGGAAAUGAGACUCGUCUGACUCUCUGUGACAACUCCAUGUCUGAGACAGCCCAGGCAGCGAUUGCUGAGGACGUCGGUGUUGUUUGUUCAGGGAGCCGGCGGAUCAGACUGGUGAAUGGGACAGGUCGCUGUGCCGGGAGAGUGGAGAUUUAUUACAAUGGCAGCUGGGGGACAGUCUGUGAUGAUUCCUGGGACCUACCGGACUCCAAUGUCGUUUGCAAACAACUGGGAUGUGGACAUGCCAUCAGUGCAACUGUCUCUGCUCAUUAUGGGCAAGGAUCUGGGCAGAUCUGGCUGGAUGAUGUGAACUGUUCUGGGAAGGAAUCCGAUCUCUGGGCGUGUCCUUCCAGGGGCUGGGGCCAGCACAACUGCAGACACAAAGAGGACGCGGGAGUUCUCUGCUCAGAGUUCACAGAUCUGAGGCUGGUGAGUGACAGUGACUGUGCUGGACGGCUGGAGGUUUUCUACAAUGGGACGUGGGGCAGUGUUUGCUCCAAUCAGAUGUCUGGAGACGCCGCAGCAAUUGUCUGCAAACAGCUGAACUGUGGAGAUGGAGGGCAGAUUGAAAGAGAAUUUGAAUAUGGAGCAGGUUCUGGUCCCACAUGGCUGGACCAUAUUGUAUGCAGUGAGCAGCACAGCUCCCUCUGGCAGUGCCCGUCAGAGCCCUGGGAUCCAAAGUCCUGUGAUAACCGAGCAGAAGAGACCCAUAUUUCUUGCACUGGAAAAAAAGCAAAACCAACUCAGACCCUGUUUGCCGAAUGCCCGAACUCUCCAAGCUGCACAGACCAGGAGAAGUUACGUGUCGUGGGAGGAAAGGACAGAUGCUCAGGGAGAGUGGAGGUUUGGUACCGUGGCUCCUGGGGAACAGUUUGUGAUGACUCCUGGGACAUGGCGGAUGCUAACGUUGUGUGUAAACUACUGGGCUGUGGAUCUGCUGUAUCUGCCCUGGGCGAGGCUGCAUUCAGCGAGGGGACUGGUCCCAUCUGGGUGGAGACGAUCUGA